AUGACCAGCUCUCCAAAGGUUCACAACACCAUAGCUGUGAACUCGGGAUGCCUUUGCUUCGGUGAACUGCACAACAUUUGGAAUGGCGCAUCGGUGCCCGUUCAAUUUGAAGGCUUGCCCUCCCCUCGACCCCGACUAUCUGGGACCGUCAAGGUGCACCGUAUUGAAUACAAUAUCGCUGCGCGGAACGGGAUAUGGAAUGGCUUUCGACUCAUAGACCUCAAAACCAAAAAAGUAGCGGCAUGGUUUCUCGCCCACUCCGACGUCGAUCCCGAGAAAGAAGUCGACAAGAUCCUCCGUGUUUCUGGAUCACCUUACGAGGACGAGAGCGGGAGCAGCUUCAAUGACGACAAGACCGCCGCAGAAGGCGUCUUUGUUAUCAACCGCUAUGAUUGGGGGUAUUACGACGAACGGUCGCGGGAGAUCGUGGAGCCUGAGGAAAUCAACGAGGAGUUAUUUGCAUCAGUAGGUCUCGUCGACCUCAGUGCGGCCAAGCCUACAGUAGACCGAUGGAAGGAUCACCGUUCCAGGGAGAGGCAGUGGCUUGAGGGCGGUGCGUGGCUUCAUAUUCCUAACGGGGAAUAUUUGUUUGGGCGCUUUGGUUUCGAUGACGAUCAUGCCGCAGCUCGUUCGUUUCUCUUCUUCACCACCAACACUUACUUCACCCGGACCGCUUUUGACGGCCUGGAACGGACCUUGAGGAAGGAAGUGACCCCGGAGGAGAGGUUCGAGCGCAAGCUACAAGAGGGCUUCGACUUCUCCGGACUAGAGACACUUCGCGAGCUAUCUCGAGUACCCGAGCAUAGUGGUGUAUCGCGUCCGCCACGGGCCGACUGUCUUGGACCCUACCGCCAGAGCGACCAUGUCUUGAGAGCACAGGAGAUCGAUGCAAUCCGCGUGUAUCGGGACGCCGAAGAGCUGAAGCUGUUUGUUCAUGGACGCGACCUCAGCCAUCUUCGUAUGGAAGGAGAGAUUGGCGAAUUUAUUGAGCCUUGGGCAGAGCCACUGUACGAUGUUGUGAACGAGAUGGUCCUGAGCUAUCUCCAACGGAGCGUCAUCCCGAACAUGGCCAACCGUGGGGUCUCUGCCGCCGCCGAACUGUUAUUCCCUCAACAUACUCCGGAGGAAGACACCGGGAAGUUGGAUGUUUGGUGCCACCGCCAUUUCAGACAGCCAGACGCUCGGCCAAUACCCAACUUCGACAGUGCCUACGUGGGCAGCCGGAUCGCAUCAUUCCUGUCUCGAUCCGCAGACGCGUCUGCUGUGUUUGAGGACGAAUGCGUCGCAGGGAUUACAAGGGCGGUGGCCUACAUGCUUACCGACGUGUUGGAACGGGCUAGCAAGGGUGCGCACCAAGACGAUAUGCGCACCAGGAUCAUGCCAAGUGACGUCCGUAUAGCCGUCUCCCUUAGCUCCGAGCUGCAUGAUCGUUUCCGGUUUUCAAUAGUUUACUGGGAAGGGAGGACUGGCUCAGUUUCCCCAGAAUGA